AUUGUUGAUCAUAAAUAUGGACACUAAACUUUUAUCAAGACUUGAUUUAUUAUCAGAUAACACACUAUCAAUUAUAUUAGAAAGAAAUAGAUUAAAAGAUUUAAAACUUAAUGUAGAUAAAUACGAAGCAAAUAUUAACAAGAAUCUAGUACAAUUAAAAGAUGGUAUUAAAGUACUUGAAAAUCAGCUUUCAGAAGAGGAACAAGCUGGAGCAAAAGAUACAAAAAGUGAAGAAGAUAAGUUGAUUGAACUUCAAGUAAAAGUAGAUAAAUUAGAUGCAUUAUUAGGCAAUCAAGAUGAAGAAGCAACGAGGGAAAUGUUACUAGGUACCAAUAAACGAGGUAAAGAUAUGACAGUUCGUUUUACAUCUAUUGAUAUGGAUAGCACGCAAGAUAUGGAAAAUGGACAAAUACUUCAACUUCAACAACGCAUUAUGGAUGAUCAAGAUCUGGAUCAGCUAUCGAAUGCUAUUCGUAGACAAAGGGAAUUAGGUUUACUUAUUGGUGAUGAAUUAGAAACACAUGCUCAACUAAUUGAUGAGACAGAGGAAAUGGUAGAUAGAACAGAUGAAAGAUUAAGACAGGCUAAAAAGAAAUUAGACUAUGUAAGCCGUAAAAUGAAAGAUAAUAAAUCUGUUUGCAUAGUGAUUGCACUCAUCAUCAUUUUCUUUGUUUUGGUUGCAUUAUUUCGCUAAUUAAAAACGAAACAUACAUAUCCAGUAGUACGUAGUAGCCCUAAUUUUUUCCCCUUUUUUGGAAAUGAAAAAGUUGUGACUUUAUGUUGUAAACAAUGAUUUUAACU